AAACCCCCUGCGCAUCUAUUUCCACUGGGGCUAUGUUUUCUAGCACAUCUUACCCGUCCAAUACUUCUAGCUCGCAUCAGAACCAUGGUCAAGAACACCGACCAGGCUUUCCACAUUCACAUUCACAACCUUUCAUGGUCGCGGGUAUGACGAGUCAGGCGGCGAUACAUAGUCCGAGCUUGCGCUCUGGUGCGCUUGGUAGCACGAAUGUUGGCGGCUCGCUGAGCGAUACGCUUACACAGUCGAGGGGCCACUAUCAACCCGGAUACUUACUCAGUGCCAGUCAAAGCACUGCUACCUCUCAAAGUCCACGCUACGAUGAUGUCCCUGUUGUACAGACAAAAGCCAAAAUGAACCACGCACUCAAUGGUACAUCUGCUGCUGAUUUCGGAAUGGACUCCAUGUUUGAGACUUUGAGACAUCGCUCAAGACAGACGUUUGCCGACGAAGAUGCGCCGCCGAUGAGCUCGGUUAACGACAUUCCAGACGAACUUUAUGACGCUUUCGCAUCUCGGCGCGGACCUUCGACGGUCUCUUUGGACACUCCAGUGCGCAAUUCCAUCUUCCGGCCAUCUCAGAGCCAAAUUCCUGCGACGCCAAAGGGUCAUGCAUCCGGAACGCCCUCAAAGAAGCCUAUCUAUGUCAUCGUAUUCGGUUAUCCACCCGAUAGAUAUAGUGCUGCAGCAGAAUAUUUCCGCUCGCUUGGCGACGCCACGGAGGUAGAUCCCAAUUUGGAGAUAACAAAUUGCUUCAGAAUAGGUUACUCCAACUCAGCGGAAGCCAUGAGGGCCGUGCGCAAGAACGGUGAGGUGCUCGGAGGAUCAUGGAUGGUCGGUGUAAAGUGGGCUGAUCCGACCCAGGCGGAGGCUCUGUUAGGCACCUCGCUUCGAAGCCCAUAUGUUUCGCCGCCGGAAGCUUCCACUCCGGAGAUCACAAUGUCCGACUCUACUUCUCCGGCUCGCGGUUUUGCCUCUCAAUCGACAUCAGCCAACGCCGAUUUGGCUCUUAGCACCGUGCACUCGCCCACGCUCAACGCAAGCCUCGGUACACCCAUUAGGCUUGCGCCAUCCGCAUCCGCAUUCAAGAAGCCCACGCCAGGAAACGGGCCUGGCUUCCCAUUACCCAAGCCAGGAGCAGUGGUCGGUUCAUUGCCUCUGCAGCCCGGCGGGACGCAGUCGACUCCGUCCAAAAGUGUCCUAGGUCAGGUGUCGGACUUGAUUUUUGGGUGGUAACUGGUGCUUGGAGCGGAUUCUUGAUUUCUUGUACCGACAUUUGUAUGCCGCGUAAAUCCGACUCGGUCCUGUGAC